AAAGUUCAAUUCAGUCGAUAUUUUUCCCUCGCUGGACGAUACUCGAGGACCACCACUAUUAAUUCAAUCAUUACGUCAUUUCAAUUAAUUAACUGGAAGUUGAUUAUGAAGAUUCUAGUGGUCGUGAAUGUUCUGGUGGUGAUUGCGGUGUAUUCUCGUGAAACUGGAGUACCACCCGGGAAACAAGUGUAUUUAUCACUUCCUGAAAACGAGAGAAGGGAUUUUCUGACAUUUUGCCUGGGCGACGGCUACCAAAAAAAUGCCACCCACCUGCAGCGCUUACCAGACAUUCGAUUUCCAGAUGCCCUCGGAAUUUCUGAGGAAUUAGUCGACAAGUUUCAGAAAUUGGCGGUACCUGAAAAUUUUACAACGAAUUUAUACGUCUGGGUCAAAUCUCGAUUUAACUUCACUCAGACUGAUCUCCGACAGCUCAUUGUCUAUCGACAGGUGUGUCUUGACAACGGCAAUUGCAUUGAGCUCGAUGAUAUCGGUGGCCUGUGCUGUCCUUUUUGAAAACACCAACAGGAUAAAAAAAAAUAAAUAAAUAAAUAUCUCCGAGGCACCACAGAAUUUUCGGAUUUUUAUUAAC